CAAUGCGCAUGAUACUGCGGUUCCACUAUACUAUGGCACGCUCCAACUCACCUUGAAUCGGCGCACGGCGCGCGCUCCUCCUGUCAUUCUGGAGGUGGUGCGGGUGCGUAAAGGAGCGAGCCAAUACACGCCCCAAAGCCUCAAUCAGCAGCCAAUCCGAUGACGCGAGAGGCGGACCUGUGGCUGCAUGCAUUCUCACACUACUUGGUUUUCACUAUGCGCUCGUAAAAAAAAAAAAAACGGGUCUCCGUCUACUACAAACCGCGGCCGGUGCAGGUGCUCUGUCUCUUCGGGAGAGGAUGCGGAUGGAAGGACGGGGGAGGGAUGAUGAAGGGAUGAAGGGAAAAACGACACGAGGAAAGAGAGAAUAAGGGUGAUGAAAAAGACGGGGGGGCUUUUUGCUAAAAAAAAGAGAGAGAGACCGUGUAUAUGAGGGUGCAAGGUCGAAUAUGAGAGAUUGGUUGAACGGGGCACUUUGCGUGGUAAUAGCUGGUCGGCAAUAGUACUAUGAUUUGGUAUGUGGCCACUCUGAUAGCAAGUGUAUUCAGCACCAGAGGAACGGCCGCUCAAGGUGCCCACGGAGUAAGAGAGGAGCCCCGGUUUGUGACGGCGCGCGCCGGAGAGAGCGUGAUCCUGGGGUGUGACGUGUCCCCUCCCCUGGACGGCCAGCAGCCCCCCUAUGUGGUGGAGUGGUUCAAGUUCGGAGUGCCUAUCCCCUUCUUCAUCUACUUCCGCUUCUACCCUCCUCAUGUGGAUCCAGAGUACACUGGUAGAGCCUCUCUGCACGGGAAGGCCUCCUUACAGAUUGACCCAGUGCGCUCCGAGGACCAGGGCUGGUACGAGUGCAGGGUCCUGAUGCUGGAGCAACAGUACGACACCUUCCACAACGGCAGCUGGGUGCACCUCACAGUCAAUGCCCCACCUUCAUUUACAGCGACGCCGCCGCAGUAUGUGGAGGCGAAGGAAGGGGGGAGCACUCAGCUUAGCUGCUCUGCCCAGGGAAAUCCAAAACCAGUGAUCAGCUGGCUGAGGGAGGGGGAGGAGCUCUUAACCAACGCCAAAUACUCGGUACAUGAUGGCAGUCUAACCAUCCUUGCCAUCACUAGAGAUGACAGAGGGGCGUAUACAUGUCGAGCCUUCAGUGACCAGGGAGAGGUGCUCCACACUACCCGUCUGCUGGUUCAAGGGCCUCCAUUCAUCGUCUCUCCACCAGAAAACGUCACUGUAAACAUAUCCCAGAAUGCACUCUUCACCUGCCAAGCUGAGGCGUAUCCUGGCAACCUGACCUACACCUGGUUCUGGGAGGAGGACAACGUCUACUUCAAGAAUGAUCUGAAGCUCCGAGUGCGCAUUCUCAUCGACGGCACCCUUAUCAUCUUCCGGGUCAAGCCGGAGGAUGCUGGGAAAUACACCUGCAGUCCGAGCAAUAGCCUCGGUAUCUCGCCCUCGGCAUCAGCCUACCUGACUGUUCAGUACCCUGCCCGAGUGAUCAACAUGCCCCCGGUCAUCUACGUCCCACGGAAACUGCCAGGCAUCAUCCGCUGCCCGGUGGACGCCAACCCACCUGUGACAUCAGUGAAGUGGGAGAAAGACGGCUAUCCUCUCAGAGUGGAGAAGUACCCCGGUUGGAGCCUGUUGCCGGAUGGAAGUAUCCGUGUGGCGGAGGCCACAGAAGACUCCCUCGGCACUUACACCUGUGUGCCUUACAACGCCCUGGGUACCAUGGGCAUGUCCCCCCCUGCCACUUUGGUGCUAAAGGAUCCCCCUUACUUUAAUGUGAGGCCUGGGGGGGAGUACCGUCAGGAGGCUGGGAGAGAGCUAGUUAUCCCCUGUGCUGCUUCUGGAGACCCUGAUAUACCAUCCAUCACCUGGAGAAAGGUGGGGAAGCCAAGCAAGAGUAAGCACAACAUCCUACCCAGUGGCAGCUUACAGUUCCUGUCCCUCAGCAAGGAGGACCACGGAGAAUGGGAGUGUGUAGCCACCAACGUGGUCACAAGCAUCACUGCCAGCACGCGUAUCCUAGUCAUCGGCACCAGCCCACACGCUCCUGGCAAUAUCCAUGUAUUGCCCUCAACAACCUCUGCUAAUGUGUCCUGGGAACCGGGAUAUGAUGGCGGCUUCGAACAGACGUUCUCCGUGUGGUACGGUCCAGUGUCAAAGAGAACAGACUUCGGUCCUCAUGACUGGCACUCGAUGCCAGUUUCCGGUGCUCAGAUCUGGUUGGUGGUGCCAGGGCUGGAGCCUGGGACGGAGUACCAGUUCAGUGUGUUGGCGCAAAACAAACUGGGCACGGGCCCAUUCAGCGAAGUUGUGACAGUCAACACUGCAGGCUCCCCUCUGGGUACCCCAGAACCACUGGUGCUUCUUACUCCACCACGGUGCCUCACAGCCAAUCGCACGCAGCACGGUGUCCUCCUCACAUGGCUCCCUCCAGCCAACCACUCCUCGCCCAUCGACCGAUACAUCAUGGAGUUCCGCCUCGGGGAGAGGUGGGAAGUUCUGGAUGACCUGAUCCCGUCCACGGAGACUGAGCUCAUAGCCAGAGACCUCGUUCAGGAGUCCUGGUAUGAGUUCCGAGUGAUGGCCGUCAUGGAUGACCUGAUCAGUGAGAGCAGCAACGUAGUGGGAGUGUCUAGCACAGAUCCCUUCCCACCUGCGGAGUUGCCUGAUGAGGGGCUGGCGCGGCCGGUGGUGGCGGGCGUUGUGGCAACUAUCUGUUUCCUGGCAGCGGCAGUACUGUUCAGCACUCUAGCAGCUUGCUUUGUCAAUAAGCAACACCGUCGCAAACUCAAGCGUAAACCAGAUCCUCCCUUGUCGGUGACACACUUCAGGAAAAGCAUUGAGUCACCGCCUCCUCUCACCCCCUUGCCAGGGGUAGAGCCCUGCUGGGACGAGCCUGCCAGGAGCAGUUUCUUGCCCCCGCCCGCCAGCCCCCUGUUAUCAUCGGGGAAGAUAAGUCCAGAGAGCUCUCCUCCAUCUCGGCCCCGCUCUCUUUCUUCAGAUGGUUCCCAGGGCCCGGGCCUGUACGUCAGGAAGCUGCCCAGCCCUCAGCGAGAACGAGACAAAGAGCUCUCCUUCUACAAGAAAACCAAGCGUGCCAUAGCCAGCAAGAAAUACAGUGUGUCCAAGUAUGAGGCGGAAGCCACCACGCCCAUUGAGCUGAUAAGCCGCGGCCCCGAUGGACGCUUCGUCAUGGAGAGCCCACCGCCCCGCCGCAUCCACGGUUUCCCCUUCGCAGAGGAGUCUGACAUGUACCCCGAGUUCCGGCAGUCUGACGAGGAGAAUGAUUUUGACCCCGGGCCUCUGCCGCCCAUCAUGCCCACGCUGCGGCCCCAGCUCUCCCCAACGUCCUCCAGCCUGGAGUCAACGCAGCCCCCCAACUACAGCCCCCGCCUACACAGAGCCAUGGAAGGUAUGAGCUUUGCAGAGGGCAGUGCACUUCACGCCUCAGGGCAGGCCCCGGCCUCCCGCUACAGGGGCUUUCCCCAGGGCCCAUUCUAUGGGUAUCUAGGCAGCCGCAUUGAAUCAGGGAUUCCACCACCAUUCUACAUGCCUGACAUCAGCCCGCGUAGCUCUGCUCUGUCCUCCCCCCCAGGCACUGCCGAGGGGCCCUUCGGUUACCCCUCCAUCCCGGAGGAGAGUGGCGAGAUGGAGCACCAUCAGUACACUGCCUCUGGCCAUUCUCUGUCUCACACACACAGCCCUCCUCGCUCUCCCGAAAGCUGGCAGCCUCAUGAGUUACCCUUCCUGGGUCUAGAGGGUCCACGGUUCAUAUACCCACCUCACCAUCCCUUACAUCAUCCCCAGGACCUCCCUGAUCCACCCCCAUACCCUCCUCACUCUCUCCCCCCCAGUCGCCUGCACCUCCCUUCCCUAAAGGAUCCAACAAGCCCUGGACUCCUGCAGCUGGAGGUCCCUAUGGCUCCCCCAGGCAGAGACCGGUCCAUGGGGCCUCCGGUUAGGCGUUUAGCUAUGCAACAGGCCCAGAGUCUCGGCCAGCUCAGACACACGGCCCACGGUGUGGGUGUACCAGUGUUGCCUUACCCUGACCCGGCAGCCCGCACAGGGAGCCCAAGCACAGCCCCCAGUAGUAGCCCUCAGUCCUGGCUCAGCCCGAGGGCGGGGCGCCGGGCAGACCCCAGCCUACCCCCGCUAGUACUCCAGCCCUCCCGCCUCUCUCCGCUCUCCCAAAGCCCCCUUAGCACCCAGCCGGGUUCCCCAGAUAUUCUAGUGCGGCCCCCUCCGCGCCCCAGCAUCCUCCGCACCUCUCGGUCUCUGGAGAUGCACGAAAUCACCCUGCAGCCCUCGGCCACGGUCAGUUUCUCCCGGAGGUCCUCCCUGUCGGCCUCUCCCACUCAGAGCCAGGGCGCCAGGCAACCCAGCCCCAGUUACCACGCCCACAUGUCCUAUGCCUCCACUGCAGCCAGUUACCCCUCCCAGUCCCCCUCUCCCCCUCAGGAGGGCAGGGAUGUGUUCGGUCAGAGGCCAUCCCAGAGAAGGACAGAGGAGGAGAUGCUGCCCUCAGAGCAGGCCUCAGGGGAACCUCUAGGUGCGUCUAGUGAUCCUGCCGGGUCUGAGAGCUUACCAGCACUGCUACACCACUGUAUUACUAAAGCCAAGGGAGAGGCCGCCAACAACAAUAACAACACAACCUCCGGAAGGAGAACAGGUGCGUGUCCCUCUCAGACCCAGCAGCAAUCUCAGACACCCCAAGAGGGCGAGGAUCUCCACAGAAAGAGGAAAAGGCAGAACAAGAAGAACCCCUAUCUCUAUUUGACCUCCUUCCUGCGCCGCAGGCAGUCUGAGGAGGACCAGACAGGCAUACUGGCCAGUGCAGACUCCGAGGGCCCAAAUUAUGGGACUCUACGCUGACCCGUGUGCCCACCAAGCCAUCGGACUCGACUAGACUGACCUCCCCACCUCAGCUCCUCCCUGCUCUCUAGCUAAUACAUUUCUUAUAAUCUCUAAAAAGCUCAUCGGUGAGCGGGAAACAUCCAGCUGAAUACUCCGGGGGUUGGCAAAAUCUCAUUUGAAGACAAGAACAAUGGCUUUUCUGAGUUAUCACCACUACUUGUCUCCGAGGAAUUUCACUUGAAAAUGCUCUGAAAAAUAUAUAAUGUAUAUAAAUAGUAAAAACAAGGGAAUUAAGCUUCCUCCUGAAGUAAUAAAAAUGUGUUGGUCGAGUAUGUCGCAACACGUUGAAGAUUUUUCACUCACUGGUCAUUGAGGGGUCCAUAUCUUUAGGUUUUUCAGUGAUAACAGUGUACUGUGAAGCCUGGUGCGUCUUCGGACACGGACAUUGAGUCUACCUUUCCUACAAUACAAAUAGUGUCAGUAUUUAAACACAGGGUUCUUACCACCAAAUAUACCUCAGAGUAAACGCAGAGUUGCUGUAAUUCUUGUGGUAUACUGUACGUACUUGACCUUUUUACAUAUGAAAACGUAUGGACAAAAAGGUUUAUAUCACACUCCGCUCUCAUUCAAACGGACAAUACGGCCUGACUUUAUCUAAUUUACAGGCUUUUUACUAUCGGUAAUAGCUGGCAUCGUGUGUUUUAUUUUCAUUUAACGCCAACCAUUAGAGGAGUGUCUUAAUCGUAGUGCUCGAUGGCUCAGUGUGUUCAUUAUUAUAGCACCGCAUUAAGAUAAAGCUCUCAAAAUAAUUUCGCUCAACAAGAGGUUGGACUCGUAGGGUUUAGAGGAACAGGGUGAUGAAUUGUGAAGUGUACUGUAGUAUGUAUUUCAUUAUUAAGGAAUCAUUUGUGAAGCGUGGCACGUCUCGAGGUGCCUUUUUUUGCCUUUUUCUCUCUUGUUUUUUCUAACAUAAACUGCCUUUUUCCUUCGCCUUCUCAUAUUCGUCUCUUCUGGGUGGGGGGGACUCCAAUAUUAUGUGUGUUUUUACUUUCUCUGCCAAGGACACAUGAGAGAAAAUGCUACAGAAACUGUUUUUUUUUGUUGUUUUGUUUUUACAUUUAUACUUUAAAUGGGUACCUGCUUUGACUGUGUAUAUCCAAGUAAUAGGACAGAAUACCCAUAGAAAUACAAAAAAAAGAAGAUUAAAAAAAAAUAAAUCCAAUAAAUAGAACUUCAGUGGAAAAGUACAGAAGCGUGAGUUUUCAUGCGAAAAAGAACAACCCAGUAGGAUGUUAAUGUUUAACAGCAGCUGUUAGAGGAGAAUGUGAUUGCUUCAUAAAGCCGUUAACAAGCAAUGGGGGAAAUAUUCAAACAACGGCCACCCUGACUGUUUAUCUUUAACUGUAUAUUACUUGCUAGCUACUUCUCUGUAUUGUUUGUUAAUUUUUUCGACACUAACCGAUAAUGAAUGUAUGUUUUGCUGUACAGGAAAUGAAUGUCCCGAUGUCACAGUACAUUGAAUGACCCAUUACGUUGUUUAUAGUGCAGCGAUGACCAGUUGGCACACCAAAUUGUUAAACUUCUCUGUACGCGGUAAUAACUAACGGGCCCCCCGAGCCAAGGUCCCUUUCUUCUGACGGCUACGAAAAUGUCCUUUUACUGCUAUAGUUCAAUCACUGAAAGACAUAUCAGAUAUAUUCAUCUGCUACAAACAAAUCCGAGGUUUUCCGGCAAAAAUAUCCACACGAAUCGACUCAAUGUCUGCUUAAUGAAAUCUCUUUUUGACAAGUGAGAGAAUGAUGAUUGCCUGAAAAAGUGAAAGUGCAUAUUUAACAAAUUGGUUUCAUGUAAGAUAUAAAAAAAGAAGAAAAAAUCUAUAUUUGUUAUGUACUGUACAUGGUAUGUAUUGUAUUUGUAAAGAUAAAUCAAACCAUGUUUUACAGGAAGGAUGAGGAUGUACUGUAUGAAAAGACGGGAAUGGAUCCCAAUGAAAUUAGAUUAUAUAUCAAAGUAUUUGCUUACAGUACGGCUUUAAGUGGAUAAUGUUUCUAAAACAUUUUUAAGGUGCCUCAUUUGUCAUACUUUAGCAGACGUUAUUUUAUCCGAGAAGAAAAAGAGAAACCUUAAUGUUAGUACCGUACGAUGUAUUAUCGCCAUAGCCCGCUGGCUGCACAAGUAGUAUUUUCUCUGAUGUAUAGUACGUGAAUGCCCAUUGGGAAAAGCUUUAGAAGCAGAAGUGUGUCACCCUCUAUAAUAAUAAUAAUAAUAAUAUUCCUGGAAACAUACUGUAUUUUGCCCGUCCAUGAGCACACAUGUAGAUUUCACUCCAGAUAUUUUCGCCUUCAGGGUGUCCAAAGCAAAUAAACUGAAGGAAACUUUUUUCUAAGAGUCACACAGAACAUGCUAUAGUCAUGUACGAUACUGCUGUGCUGUGGAGGAAAUUGUGUUUACAUUAGUUUGAUAAAGAAAAAGUGUGUUAGGGCGUAGUUGCUUUUGAACAUUACGACUUGGUGCUAUGUUUAACUUUGUGGUGCUGUAGAAUAGAGGUCUUUUUCUUUUUCUGUUUCCACAAGCGACUCUUUCGGCCCUGUGUGUUUUGAGCAACUAAACUAGCUCCGGUAGAUAAUAUCAUAACAGUAUCAUGGUGUGAUAGACAAUACUGGGAAAAAAAAAAUAGUAGUAUAACCUCAAAUAAUAGUGUGACAUUCAAAUGAACUCAAGAUGACCUGUUUUCUAUAGUGUGUUUGCAACGUCUGUCUGUGCUUCCAAGGUACCCUCUCUCUAAAGUAUACUUGUGAUGAUAUUGAGAAUAUUAACCCAGCCUAAAAAGGAGAAACAUAACCUGAUUUUAGAUUAGUUAACAACCACAGGACACGUGGGAGGCAAUCCGAGAGCGUCGUCAGGUCACGAGGGGAUCUUUUCUACACACUUCCUGUAUACCAUCUUUGGUUAACAGCACUGUUUUUCCAAGCACACUAUUUGCAGGGGGGCGUAACCGUCUCGCGUCAUCUCGCCACCUUUUUUGACGUCAGAAUUCCUACUAGUACUGUACAGUAUGGCCAAGAGUCGUCAUCAGACCACAUUUGUAUUUAUUGCUCCUGGUAGAAAAGGUAUUUUGAAAGCCUCUCCGUGGGUUUAAACGAAUGGAUGUCGUCUUCCGGGCUCUUUUUUGCAUAUUCAAACAGAAACAUGUACAGCGUUUAAGAGGGCUGCUUUGGACGUACUGUUAGCUCAAUUUUUAUUUCAUUUUUAUAUUUUUUUUGCUUACAGCUUUUAGUGCAUCACUAGGUGCUGGUAGGACAAUACUUAGAACCGAUUUGAUUUUUUAUUGUAUUAAUCUUGCAUGUAGAGACAAUACAAAAAAAACAAAAAAACGCCUAUUUAGCAAUCAUUCAUGGACAUCAGAGCUGGUUGUUAAUGGACGGAAAAAUAGAAAUAUGUAGUAUUUUCUAUAUUCUCUGUUUUUUCAUGUGUACCAGCACUGAGAAACUAGAAUGUAUUAUUAUUACCGUAGGCUACAAUAAAGCACUACAUCGUCGACUGUUUUAGCUAAUGCUCAUACUCAAGCAAACCAAGUAGUGCUUAAAAAGGAAGAAAAUUUACUACAUUUCAUUUUCAUCCACUGAACUCUGUGCUGUACAUCACAUGUUUACAUUCUGUAUUAUAUGUUGUUUAUUGUUUUUUUGUACAUAAUUUGUCUCCAUUAAGUUCAACAAUGUUCAUAUGUAAAUAUUUCAAAGCAAAAAACAUGUUUUUUUUAAACGAUAACCUGAUGUUUCUCUUUUUUUUCUGUCAGUUUUUUAGACUUGUCAUUCUGUUCUGUCACCACAUCAGGUAUUACGCUUCACUUAACUCUUUUGUGAGCAAUUAACUCAUACUGUAUGGUGCUGUACCAAAGCCUUAUGUAUAAUAUUUGUAUUACUUUCUUUCUCUCGUUUUUUGCCACUGCUGUCCAGUGAAUUCUGUAUAUCGUCUGAGAUCAUGUCUUACUCACUCUUCAUGUUCAACUGCCAUGGAUCUUUUUUUCUUUAUUGAGUAAACAGAAACCUGAACGGACUAUGAUGUAAAAACAAUCCUGUUGGCCUGUAACCAACUGGCCUGGAUGUAUAGUGACAGACAGUCGCCAUCGAAAGCCUUUAUAGGUGGAUAAACGCACAGGCUCACUCCUGUUGGCUCACCGUGACGUAGACAUGGGCCUAGCACAUGAUCUAUGCUCUGUAUAUGGCAUGUCUAUGAGAAUAUGAAAGCAGUGUUGUAUUCAUGUCACCAUAUCAUUUCAAAUGCUUAGUCCCAUACGAAAUUUUCCUCUCAAAUUUUUGUAUUUUGAUAUAAUAAAAAAAUCAAAAGAG